GACUAUGGCGCUGCACGGCUAUAGGCCCGGUUACUGGUACCAUCAGGCCCGGUGGAAGCCUAUGUCUCGGGAAGGGCCCUGGAUUACACUGAUACUCAACUACGACGGUGGGGACGAGGUGCAAUUGAAGAUUAAUGUGGAGGGAGCGAAAGAGGGAGAGAUGCGGACUAACCCAAAGUUGCAGGAUACAGUCAUUGAGGCGAGAGAUCGUGCGGAGAGGUGCUGCAGAAGGGACGGUGUGACGGCGAGGCUACGGAUAACGGUGGCUUAUCAUGAGAUUGAGACUUUGACUGACACGGCGGACAGAGAGCAGGCCCACCUAGACAGGGACUCAGGUGGGGAGAGCGAAAUGAGCGAAGCGGGAGAUCGGGAGACGGACCUCAGGUCCUGGAAUAGACCAGGCGAGGUCCAGAGGUAUCACCGAGCCGCGAAGUCGGUGGAAGAGGGACCCGAGGUCAGCUCUCGACAGCUGACGCCCACAGGCCAUGGGACGGGUGAGAAGCAGAGCAGGGGGAAAAGACAUAUGGGAAAGAAGAAGGCUGAAAGUGAAGAGGAUGACGACGAUGAUGAUGACGAUGAAGGCUAUGGUAAGAAGGGGGAUUCUUCCAGAUCCAAAAGGAAUGGAAAGAAUGGCGAUGGAGAAAACAGAGAAAGGAGAAAAUAUGAUGAGCGUCCUACGCGGAGUUUUGUCUGCUACUACUGUGGUGAAGGAGGUCACACUACCACCUAUUGCAAGCCUCUUGAGGAGGAUGUGAGGAGUGGGGUGGCAAAGAAGGAUGCAAUGGGUCAUGUCUGUGACAGUUCAUGGAAUAAGUUGGACCCCAGGCAUCCGGGAGGUAUGAGGCUUCUUGCUCUUAAACAUGUUGAAAAAAUGAAGAUUAAGAAGACGAAAAAGGCUAAUGUGAAUGUUCAUUUUCUCAUUGAAGAGUUGCCUAAUGAACUAGUACAAGGAAGAAGUGACCUUUAUACCACGAUUGGGCUACCUCUGCAAUCCUUGACAUUGACAGAGUGUGCGUCCAGCGAGGCUUCUACAAGUGAGCCCCCAUUGGAAGGGAAUCCUACUUCUCAGAAUCCAUCUGAAUUAGUAGAAUCCUCUUUCAAUGAGAUGGUUCGCUUUCUGGCUAACAUGAUGUCAUUUCAUGGCGAUUUACCCCCAGAGCUUGUCAUGGAACCUAGUGUUGAACGGCGGUAUAAUGCUGGUUGUGCCAAGGCAAUGAUUGGUCAUCACAAUCGACGUCGGCUCAUCUGGUUAGAAUAUCUGUGGUUGGGGGCAGCUAUUUUGAGGAUUGUAACCCCUCUGAUGAGACGGUUGAGUGGCAACGGUGAAAAAGCUUUUAGGGGAGCCACACCCCUCCUGCGGCUACGAUUGAUCCAUGAAAUCGGGGAGUAUAUUGACAGGAAGGUCCCAGGCGGGUUGAGAGCACAAGCUCUCAGGAGGAUAGCGGGACGGCAAGCACCGCUUGCCACUUUCAGAUUGUGGCAGGAGAGAGAUGACCCGCCGAUAAGAGUGGAAAAGAUGGAAGGCGAUGAGGAGGUGACUCAAAGACUACAGGCGGAGACUAUAAAGGAAGAACCUAUAGCCGUCGAGUCGGACGAUGAAGGUGAGGGUGAAAAGGUGGAGCCAGCGUCUGUCCUUUUGGGAAAGAUGGAAGAUUUGUGUGACAAGGUGGGGCGGUACCGACAAAAAAUAGCAGAUAUAUGUAAAGAAGUGGAGGAAUGGAGAGUCGGCAUCCCCAAGGUCUUCCUUUAUGAUUCGGGUCCUGAAUCUAUGCCAGGGAAGCAAGGGUACCCUGGAGUUACCACGGUGACGGUGAGUUCAGGGCCAAGGUCUGGGAUGACCCACAGACCCCCUACUCCAUUGGCACAAGCUGCAUUGGCCGCACGGACUAGGGGACAAGGGCAGGGACGGAGCCAGGACCAGCCUCAGAAAGAGCCAGAGCCAGAACGCAGAAAGGAGCCUGUGGAAGUAGAGGAUGACGAUGAUGAAGAUGAGGAGGAUGAAAGGCUUCGACAAGAGGAAGACAGGAGGGCCGAACAAAGGGCAAGGAAAAGGGGAUCCCAGGAAGAAGCCGAGCCGGUUUUGCGCGAUAUAACGCCAAAGAAGAAGUAUGCAAUUCGGCUUGAAGAAGGGUUAGGCGCAGAUAUUGAAGGAAAGGAGAGACCAUUGCGCUUUGAGAGCCGAACUCUGCGUACGACAGAGAGAAAUUACUCUCAGUUCAAGAGGGAGACUCUCGCUGUCCUUCACUGCCUACGGAUUUUUCGAAAUUACAUCUUUGGCAGAAGAUUCAUAUUGAGGGUGGAUCCGACGGCUUUAGCCUUUUCCCUAAGGAACUACGUUCCAUCAAAUCCAACGGUUGCCAAAUGGCUAACGUACAUCUGGAUGUUCAACUUUGAGUUGGAGCGGAUCCCUAGGAGUAAGAAUAGAGCAGACGGGCUAAGUCGCAUCAACUGGGAUAAGCAGGAAGGGGGGGCGAUAGAGGAUAUGCCCCCAGUUGAUGGCUUCUUGGAUCAGGAGGAGGACAUCCUUCAUAUUAAUGAGUGGUCCCCACGAGUGCCUAGUUGCGUUGGUCAUCCCAUCUGGCAUGCGUCAAAGGGGUAUGAGCAAAAGGUAGAAUUGGUGCUCAAGCCUUUUGAAGAGGAUCCCUGGGGUGGCAAGGAUGUCCAAUGGAUGAUGAAGUUGGCGCUCGUUGGCAAGCAUAGUCUGGUGGAAGAGAUAAGGACGAUAGAGGAAGGUCCAGACCAGGUAAAGAGGCACGAGGAGCUGAUGGGAGGAAUGUACCUCCUCGUCAAUACACUUCUGCAGGAAACCUCUGAUCCGAUAGGCUCAUUAAAUCUGACUGAAGGAGAAGAUGUUGUGCCAAAAAGCCAGGAUGACGAGUUUGAAGAAGGAGAGAUCAAAGAGGCCUUCCGUGCAAAGGAGUAUGAUGGAAUUUACCUGGAACUAGGGCUUCUGCUAUCAUGCGAGAUAAGAACUAGGGAUGCAAGUGAAAUAGCCCAGAGGAUGAAGCACCUCUAUCUAGUGAGAGAUGGUCAUUUCUUUGUAAAGAGGCAAGUGGGGAACCCAAGAAGGCUCAUGUGUGGAAGAAAUCGCCAGAUAGACGUGAUAGUUGCGCUUCACGAUGGCAUUACAGGAGGGCAUCGAGAGGUCAAUGCCACAUAUAUCAAGAUAAGCGAGCUGUAUUACUGGGAUGGAAUGAUGGAAAUGGUGGUCAAGUAUUGUCGAUCCUGCGUACCCUGUCAGGAGAGGUCUCCCUUAAGGUCUGAAGAACUUUUGCAUCCGAGAUUGGAGAAGGAAGUAGGGGCCGUGGUACAUCUGUACUUGCUAUUCAUGCCGAUCGGGGAUCAUGGCUACAACUACAUCUUCGAUGCACGAGAUAACCUUACUGGCUUUGUGGAUGGUCGGACCAGUCGUAGAAAGACCGAUCUGGUCCCCGGGAUCAGAGUUUACUUGCCAGGAGGUGCAGGAUUAUUGGAAGGGUAUGGUGUGGUGGCCAACUAUACUACGGUUGCCCACCCACAAGCAAACGCUCCGGUUGAAAGAGGGCAUAGCACCAUUACGAACCUUCUGGCUAAGUGGACUGAAGGUUCGCCUAAUCAGUGGCCAAGGUACCUGAGAGCGACGUUCUUCGUCGAGAAUGUCAUGGUGAAGAGGACCACUAAGCAUGCGCCAACUAUGCUAUGGUAUGGAAGGCAUGCUACGUUCCCAAUUCAGAGCUUCCUGAAAACCUGGAGGCGCCAGGACCUAGAGACCAACUUGUCUUUUGAAGAGUUGCUUGACAUUCGGGCCCGACAGGUGGGGGCAAUUGAGGAAAGAUUCAAGAGGCAUCGAGUCAAGUGGAAAGGAGUCGUAUGGAUGAUAAGAUCUGACUUUGCGAAGACAGCCAUGCCAAGAGGAGGGAGGGAGAUGCGGCCAUCGAGGAGACCAUCGGGGGCAUUAGGGGGACAUGAGCGGCAUGGAUCUUACCAGAGGGAGCAUACACCAAUACGCGACAAUGGGGAGAUAGAGCUAUUUCUGGACAAUUUCAGGAGUUAUGCGAGUCGCAGGAGAUGGACUGUAACUCGCAUGAUUGAAAGGUUGAGGGGAGCGGGACACUUGUCAGAGCCCAUUGCGCGGAUCUGUGAGGAGGCGAGGACUUGGCAGGAAGUAGAGUUGGCGAUGCAAAGACUGAGGCCUUCACCGGAAGGGGUAGACGGGGAGCCGAUCCGUCUCCAGAUUGGGAAUGUGGAGGAGUUUAUCCCGACUUUUGAGCGAUUUUUGCACGAGCAAGUGGCUUUUCAGCCUUUCACUGAAGGGAGGUUACGGGAGCCUCCACAACAGGUGUCAGAGGAGGUUGUGCCGACAGAGGAUUCUCUACAGAGCUUGGAGGCGCACUUGGACGCCUCGCAGUGGAAGGUGCCCCAGACCAGUGGAGGUCAGGAAGUCGGGCCCUGCACCCGGAGUGAGCAGCAAGCAGGGGAGGUGAUCGAGAUAGGAGAGGAUACUCCUCCACAACAGUUAGCCUCUGCUCCAAAAAUGGAGGCCGAGCCGAUGGAUGUUCAGAAAGGGGGAGGGGAGCCUCAGCGGGGAGAGACACCACCACCAACCCCAGAUACGAUUCGAUCGUCAGAGGAGGAAGCAAGCACACCUAUGCCCGAGUUGGGCACUGAGAUUGUAGGCGAGGACCUGCCGGCGGUGGUAUCAGGAGAGACGCGGGAGAGCAUGCCGCAGAGAUUGGAUACGCCUGAGUACAUUCCAGAGGUGGGUGAUCUGAGGAGUAGACUGGGAUCUUGGGCUACCGGAUCUGGUUCUCGGGAUAAGGCCUCUAAUUCAAAGCAGCAGGAGGUUGCCAGUGCUGUGGUUGGAUCCCCAUCAUCGUCGCCACGACGGCCAAGAAAGAAGAAGUUCAAGAGGAAGGUUGAUCAACUCUGCUUCUUUUGCAAGGAUGGCGUACAUUGGGCCUUCGAAUGUCCUAAGUUCCUCGAGGACAAGGCGGAAGGGAAGGUCUCAGAGAGUGCUGGAAAGAUGUAUGAUAGACAGGGUCGAGUGGUAGAGAGAUCUGCAGAUGGGGGUAGAGCUCAGUUUUAUAGACAAAACGAGGAGAAGAUGAUACGUGCGAAGGACGACAUCGACGGCGACAUGGUUCGGUAUAGUCGCGCGGUGGACGCGGAAGGCAGCGGCGGAGGAGGAGGAGAUGGAGAUGGAGACGGAGAUGGGGGAAAUGAUAAGAAAGGGAAGGGAGUGCAGCGGGAAGCUAAAGACACUGAUGUAAGAAAAAUAAAGGUUAAAGUUUUGUGGACCUACACUGACAAGAAGGAGGAGAGUGUCCUUCAUUGGAUUGCGGCCGUAGAAUCAUAUGUAUACGGUCAGCGCAUACCUUAUUGGGAUAGAGUUCUUAUGGCCACUUCGUGCAUGGUCGGCGAUGCGAUGAGCUUCGUCAUAUCGUUGCAAAAAGAAGCUAACUGCGAUACCAUGAUUGCAUACUCACAGCAAACUAGAAUUGAAGACUUCUUUAAAGCUAUCAGAGAACGAUUUGAAAACAAGAAUCUGGCUCGUCGGACAAAAAUGCUAAUUUUAAAUAUCGCAAAUCAGAAAUGGAAGAGUGCAUUUGCACUCAAGGCAACGAUGGAUGAACUCUUGCAAUGCGCAGAACAUGGGCUAACUCCUACCCAAAUCCUCAACUACUUCGCAAGGGCACUUCCUGACGUUCUCCGUACUCAACUUUAUCCCCGCACAAAGGAAGAGGGGAUGACGUACCAGAAGUUCAGCAAGAUCGCUAUAGAUCAUGCUGACUUCUUGGUUGAAGCUAAUUACUACCAUUAUUGGAAAGAUCUGCAAGCGGGAAAGAAGUGGCAGAACUGCACAAUCUCAAGGAAUAUACCUGGGAAAGACAACCUCCUUCUGACCUUUGAAGAAGGAGGUGUCGAAACUCUUUCCUAUGACCAAAUAGAUUAUGGUCUGGAGGGAGGAUCCAAUGGCACGGUAGUUCGGGAGGGGGACUACGCGGCCGUCGCAGCCCGCGGGGGAGGGCGUCAAGGAAGAGGGCGUGGCCGAGGAAGAGGUCGCGGCCGUGGUGGACGAGGAUUCGACACCCAGAGGGGUAGUGGUGAAGGAAACUACUACGGGGGUGGAAGGGGGAAUGGUCCCUCGCAAGGUGGUCGCGGUUCCAAUUCUACCUGGGGAAGAGGAAAAGGCACUUGGUAUGGUAACUGGGUUAGGCCAUAUCCACCUCAUCCAGAGCAACCUGACGAUGGGGAGCCCGAAGUGAUGGGUGGCCCGAUCAUCGCCGAACCUGAUAGGGCCACGAUGGCUUUCUGUUCGCAAGGAGGAGACAUUUUGAAUGUGGGCUUUGGGAUGGGAAUUGUGGAUGAGGCCAUACAACGGCGGUCACCUAAGUCACAUAUCAUUGUGGAAGCACAUCCGAUGGUGCAUGAGAAAAUGCUGAAAGCUGGUUGGUCAACCCGGCCUGGAGUCGAAAUUCUGUUUGGCCGGUGGCAGGAGGUACUCACCCCUCUCGCGGGUCAGAAGCAGUUUGACGGAAUCUUCUUUGACACGUAUGGUGAGGACUACGAAGACAUGCGCGAGUUCCAUAAUCUGGUCCUAAAGCUUUUGAAACCAAAUGGAAUCUAUUCCUUCUUCAAUGGGCUUGCAGCAGAUAAUGCUUUCUUUCAUGCAGUAUGCUGCCAUGUUGUUGAACUUGAGAUGGCCCGUAUGGGGCUUUCGGUCCAGUUCAUCCCACUACCAGUGGGGAGCAUCAUAGGAUCCAUAUUGCCGUCUGCAGGUGAAACAAAUGGUGCACAGCAAAAGGAGGACGUUUGGAAAGAUGUGGCGAGGCGAUAUUGGCAACUUGACACAUACUAUCUCCCUGUCUGUCAAUUUGAACAGCAGGAGGAGGAGGAGGAGGAGGAGGAGGAGGCAUAGGAGAAAACUGAGGAACACGUUGGGCGAAGUGCCAUGCACAGGGAUACAAAAACAUGUGUGCUGGAGAAGAAUUAGGGAAGAAAAAAGAGGAGCACAACUUCUACCGUAGAAUCCAUCAACUAGUGGUGUUGAAUUAGCUGUAAUGGUGUUGAAUUUAGUUCCGACAAGGGAAAAUGACGUCAGGAAAGGUUGAGGAAAGGUUCAGUAAGGUUCGGUGCAAGGAGAAGGUUUGGAAAGAUGUGGUGCAGCGGAAUUGGCAGCUGGACAGAUACUAUCUCCCUGUCUGUCAAUUUGAACAGCAGGAAGAACUGGAGAAGGCCUAGGAGAACGUACUGGUGUUGAAUUUAGUUGCGACAAGGGUGAUGCAACACGCAGACAAAAACAGACACAAGAGCGCAGGAGAAGCCUAAGGGAAGAAGAACGAUGGGCAGAACUGCAGAAGUGAAAAAUGGGACUUGUGCUUUCUGAAGCUAUGAAGGCGUAGAUCCAAAAAGGGAGAGAGCCGGAGGGGCCGGAGGGGCCGGAGGGGGGUUGCCGAUUGCAAUCAAGUAAUGGUUUUGAAUUAGCUGCAAUGGUGUUGAAUCUAGCUGCUGCAAGGAAAAAUGAAAUCAGGAGAGGUUCAGUAAGGUUAGGUAGUAGGCCCAGGAUCACCUUCCAAUUGAUGAGGAGGUAUGGCAGAGGUUGCAGCACCCUCAAGAAUAGAACAGGUGCCUGGAUUUCUCCUGCGGGGGGCAGCAUGCUGAGAGGUCUUGUACAUUUCCUGCAUGUCAUUCUUUCUGACAGCACUUGCAUGGAAGUUGUUUGACUCAAAGUUGGAGUGACUUUCUUCCAUGUCUAACUUAUGGCAUUACGUCUUGCUGCUACAUCAUUUGUGUUGUGAUUUUUUAACUUGGGAACACAAGUCCCUUUUAUCUGUUCGGGCUGCACAACCUGCAUUACCGGACUGCGGAUUUUACAACAGUAAGGAUGAUUGGUUCCAUUGCUAUGUCCUCAAAGACUGAAGAUUGGUCCAGCGAAGGAGGUUUUCCUUCCUCCUCUCACUGUGGGUGGGUGAUGGUCUGGUUUGAUUUUCGCCACAGGUACCUUGAGGGCAGUGGUUGGUGCCCACCUCAGGGUAUCCGUUGUCAGGCAGUCGUUGAUGCUAAAACACAACCGGGGUUAAGGUGGAUUAUCACUUAGUGUAAUCAGUUAGGAGAUUCUGCAGACUGUUGAGGGUUCAGCCUCCUGAUGGGUUGGUGAAACUCCAACGAAACAGUUUAUAACAGGCCCUCGUUUGUUGUCCUCUUCUCCCUCUCUGCCUACGGUUUACCGGGCAGUUCUGUUUGACGAUACAGUGACUUUGAUAGCACCCUGCUAAGGCUUUCUCCGGUCAGGUUGAGCGUCUGUGGUCGGGGCCGUCACUACGCGGCCGUGCUGUGCGUCUAGUGUCAACGGCGUGUCUGGAAUGUAUUUUCUGGUUGUGAUAGACCUUUCUUUUUUUUGUCCGUGUUUUGCUGGCUUGUGAUGAGUUGUGAACCAACAGUCUGUAAGAGUUUUCCAUCUGGUGUGGUUGGGCACUGUAUAUGGAGCCAAGGAUCCGCAAACAGACGAAAAUGUAGCGCAGUGGAAGACUCAACGAUAUGACCUGACCUGUCAGACUGACACAACAUCCCAUCAUACGCCACACAUGUGAGAGAGGGAACAGGGACCGCAUACACAGAAGAAAGGUCCCUCCUUGCACGCGCACAUGGGGGAAAUACCACGGAUGAGAGAUGGGGGGAGAGGCAAGACGAAGACGGAGGCGAGGGAGAAGACCAAGAUCGUGAUACCGAAAUCCAAAAAUAGUGCCUUGCCGAAUGACCAAUCAAUGUCUGCCACAAAA